AUGGAUUUAAUGUCAUCUCUGUUAGAAAUACCAGAGAAUGUCUUUCAUGAACAUCUUCCUAUUUUGAUUGGUCAACUACAAGAAUUACGUCAUAUAAGUGCGCGUCUUAACGAUCGUAAUCGUGAAUAUAUGGAUAAAGAUAUUGAUUAUCGAACUCAAAAUGAAUCUCUUCGUUCACUUAUUCUUUACAUCGAAAAUGUGGAACUUGAUCGUUUAUUAUUAAUAUUUUUAUUAAUGAUAAAUGUUCAUGUAGUUGAAUUGAAUGGUACAAUUGAUUUUGACAUUAAUUAUUUACUAGAGCUCGAACGAAAUUAUACAUCAUUUCGAUAUAUGAAUUAUAAAUUACUAUCGCUUAGUGUACUGUAUAUCAUUGGUCUGAUUUUUUUUCUCAAUGGAUUUUUAUUAACACGUCGUGUUAUUUUACAAAAUACUAUUGGUACUAUUCCAUUAUCCGUACCCAUUGAAUUCAAUCAAGUGAUCUUGAUUGUCAUCGAUGCACUUCGUUAUGAUUUUAUUAAACCAAAUAAUAGUUCAAUAAGUAAUAAUUAUUUAAAUCAAAUGCCAUUUAUCAAAGAAUUACUUGAGACACAAUCUAAACAAUCAGUUCUUUUAAAACUAAUUGCCGAUCCACCAACAACAACACUUCAACGUUUAAAAGCAUUAACAACUGGUACAUUGCCAACAUUUAUUGAUGUAUCAUAUAAUUUUAUUGGUUACGAAAUUGAAGAAGAUAAUAUUUUAAAUCAAUUAAAAAAUAUUCCUUACCAAAGAAAUAUUUCAUUAUUAGGUGAUGAUACAUGGUUAGCACUUUAUUCAAAUAUAAAAUUUAAACAUUUACAUGUUUAUUCAUCGUUUGAUGUUCAUGAUUUAGAUACAGUUGAUAAUGGUAUUCUUGAACAUUUAUGGGCAGUUAUGGAAGAUACUCGACAUGAGCAACUAUCGUUUAUUGUUGCUCAUUUUUUAGGUGUUGAUCAUUGUGGUCAUCGAUAUGGUCCAUAUCACAUUGAAAUGAAACGUAAAUUGAAUCAAAUGAAUGAUGUUAUUCGAAAUAUAACAUUAUCGUUUAAUAAAUCAAAUUCACCAUCUCUUCUAAUGGUUAUCGGUGAUCAUGGUAUGACACAACAGGGUGAUCAUGGUGGAGAUGAAUUGAAUGAAAUUGAAACAGCUAUGUUCAUAUAUACAAAUAAACCUAAUUAUUUUUCAUUAUCGGAACAAAGCGAAAAAUCCGUUUCACAAAUAGAUCUUGUACCAACACUUUCUUGGUUUCUUCAUACAUUGAUACCGUUUUCAAGCUUAGGUAUGAUGAUUGUUGACAUAAUACCUUUAGAACAACGAUAUAGUGCAAUGAAAUUAAAUUUUGAACAAAUUGAAAUUUACUUACAACAUACUUCAUUUACACUUUCAUUAUCCGAUAAAUUACAAGAAUUACGUGCUAAUUUACGUACUAUAUUUAUAUCAUUUGACAGGGAAAGAAAUUUAACUGCAAUAGAAAAUUUAUUUAAAGAAUUUAAAUUUGAAUUACAAACACAUUGUCGUCGUCAAUGGUCAACAUUCAACAUAUUUCGGAUUAUAAUUGGUCUAUUUUUAAUGGUAUUAUCAUGUUUAUUGUUUGUAUGGAUUUAUUUGAAAUUAUUUACAAUGUCAAUUAAUUACGGAAAUAUAAUUUUUAAUGUUAUUCUUGCUCUCAUGUAUUGUAUGAUAUCAUUUUCAAAUAGUUUCAUUAUAAAUGAAGCAAUGUGUCUCAAUUUUCUUCUUCAAACAAUUGUAUUAAUAAGUAAAAUGAAAAUAUUGCAAAAAUUUCUUCUUUCUUUUUUAUUAUUCUUAACUCGAACAUUUCUAAUUUGUCGUGAAGAACAGCAACCUUAUUGUAUUGAUCCAAUAUGGCUUGUUUCGAAGUUCUCAGAUACUUCUGAUUAUUUUCUUCCAUUGAUGAGUGCAAUUGCUUGGUUGAUUAUUCUUUUUAUAACAUGUAAUUAUUCUUAUUUCUUACCUUAUAUAUCAUAUGCAGCUGUAGUUGGUUAUUGGUUAAAUAUUCCUCAUACAUUAUCAAUAUUUUAUUUGAGUAUUCUCAUUCAGAUUUGCGUUGUUUUGUUAAAACCAAAUCACUUUGAUAGAUUAAUUUAUUCGAUUCUUAUAUUUGUUGUUGGUUAUCGUUUUUCAUUUGUGAUAUUUCUUCAAUAUUUUAUUUAUUAUAUCAUUUUUAAUGAUAAUCAUCGAUCCUAUUCAUUAAUUUUAUCUAUAUUAGCUGAUUACUUUUUUUAUGCCACCGGUCAUCAACCAGUUCUAUCACAAAUACGUUGGACAGCAGCAUUUCCAACAAUAAAUUCAUCCAUGAAUAUUUAUCUUUCAUUAAUUGUUAAUUCAUUAUUCGUACGUGGAAUAUUUAUUCUCGUGGAAACAUUUUCCGGUCAGAUAUUAAAUAUAAUUUUUAUUCGAAAAAUGCUUCAAAAGAAAUAUCAUGAAGAAUUAUUACGGAAUAUUUUAAUUAUUGAUUGUUUUAAGUUAAUGAUAACAUCAUUUAGUGUAUUUAUAUUGAGACGGCAUUUAAUGUUAUGGAAAAUAUUUUGUCCAAGAUUUUUAUUUCAACUUGUAGGACUUUUUAUUAAAUGGCUAUUCGCUCUUUUGACACUUAAACUUGAAAUAUGA